AUGUCCUGUUCUCUAGAAUCAGACCAUACCCAGUCCAACAACAUGUCCUGUUCUCUAGAAUCAGACCAUACCCAGUCCAACAACAACAACAUGUCCUGUUCUCUAGAAUCAGACCAUACCCAGUCCAACAACAACACGUCCUGUUCUCUAGAAUCAGACCAUACCCAGUCCAACAACAACAUGUCCUGUUCUCUAGAAUCAGACCAUACCCAGUCCAACAACAACAUGUCCUGUUCUCUAGAAUCAGAUCAUACCCAGUCCAACAACAUGCCCUGUUCUCUAGAAUCAGAUCAUACCCAGUCCAACAACAUGCCCUGUUCUCUAGAAUCAGAUCAUACCCAGUCCAACAACAUGUCCUGUUCUCUAGAAUCAGAUCAUACCCAGUCCAACAACAUGCCCUGUUCUCUAGAAUCAGAUCAUACCCAGUCCAACAACAACAUGUCCUGUUCUCUAGAAUCAGACCAUACCCAGUCCAACAACAACAUGUCCUGUUCUCUAGAAUCAGAUCAUACCCAGUCCAACAACAUGCCCUGUUCUCUAGAAUCAGAUCAUACCCAGUCCAACAACAUGUCCUGUUCUCUAGAAUCAGAUCAUACCCAGUCCAACAACAUGCCCUGUUCUCUAGAAUCAGAUCAUACCCAGUCCAACAACAACAUGUCCUGUUCUCUAGAAUCAGACCAUACCCAGUCCAACAACAACAUGUCCUGUUCUCUAGAAUCAGACCAUACUCAGUCCAACAACAUGCCCUGUUCUCUAGAAUCAGACCAUACCCAGUCCAACAACAUGCCCUGUUCUCUAGAAUCAGACCAUACUCAGUCCAACAACAACAUGUCCUGUUCUCUAGAAUCAGACCAUACUCAGUCCAACAACAACAUGUCCUGUUCUCUAGAAUCAGACCAUACCCAGUCCAACAACAACAUGUCCUGUUCUCUAGAAUCAGACCAUACCCAGUCCAACAACAACAUGUCCUGUUCUCUAGAAUCAGACCAUACCCAGUCCAACAACAACAUGUCCUGUUCUCUAGAAUCAGACCAUACCCAGUCCAACAACAACACGUCCUGUUCUCUAGAAUCAGACCAUACCCAGUCCAACAACAACAUGUCCUGUUCUCUAGAAUCAGACCAUACCCAGUCCAACAACAACAUGUCCUGUUCUCUAGAAUCAGACCAUACUCAGUCCAACAACAACACGUCCUGUUCUCUAGAAUCAGACCAUACCCAGUCCAACAACAACACGUCCUGUUCUCUAGAAUCAGACCAUACCCAGUCCAACAACAACAUGUCCUGUUCUCUAGAAUCAGACCAUACCCAGUCCAACAACAACAUGUCCUGUUCUCUAGAAUCAGACCAUACCCAGUCCAACAACAACAUGUCCUGUUCUCUAGAAUCAGAUCAUACCCAGUCCAACAACAUGUCCUGUUCUCUAGAAUCAGAUCAUACCCAGUCCAACAACAACAUGUCCUGUUCUCUAGAAUCAGAUCAUACCCAGUCCAACAACAACAUGUCCUGUUCUCUAGAAUCAGAUCAUACCCAGUCCAACAACAACAUGUCCUGUUCUCUAGAAUCAGACCAUACCCAGUCCAACAACAACAUGUCCUGUUCUCUAGAAUCAGACCAUACCCAGUCCAACAACAACACGUCCUGUUCUCUAGAAUCAGACCAUACCCAGUCCAACAACAUGUCCUGUUCUCUAGAAUCAGACCAUACCCAGUCCAACAACAACAUGUCUUGUUCUCUAGAAUCAGACCAUACCCAGUCCAACAACAACACGUCCUGUUCUCUAGAAUCAGACCAUACCCAGUCCAACAACAUGUCCUGUUCUCUAGAAUCAGACCAUACCCAGUCCAACAACAACAUGUCUUGUUCUCUAGAAUCAGACCAUACCCAGUCCAACAACAACACGUCCUGUUCUCUAGAAUCAGAUCAUACCUAG